AUGUCUUAUCUCACAAGUAAAGAUAAAGGAUUAGACCAGAGUACUACUUGGAGUGACUGGAUUUGGGUUGAAGAACAGGGCUACUGGUAUUGUCAUCGAACGAAUGCCGAAGGAGAGGAGGAGUACGAAUAUCGCUAUCCUGACAAACUUGAGAACCCAGUAUCUACGCCUAGAACACCGCAAUUAUCUGAUGCCUAUUUGACAUUCCAGAAUUCCGCACACCAAUCGAGCAUAGACGAAGCCUCGUCAUCAAUCGACGCCACGACGCGUGCAUUUGGAGAUGUGUCGUUGGAAAUGCCUCGCUCUGUGCCUGAAGGAACAACAGAAGCAUUUGAUCCUCAGGUAAACGAGGUAAUCGCAAAUGUAAAGUAUAUCUUCAAAUCCCCGAACUCCGGCGAUACUGAAACCCUGGAUUCUAGAUAUCAGAUCUACGCUGGACUUCAACAAAAUGAAUUCUGGAAGGUGGGCCGCGUGUUCAUGGUGCUAUGGACCGAGCCAGCCGCAGACUUAAAAGUUCCUGAAGCCGGAGGGACACGCGAUGGAUCCCACUUCAGCACUACGUAUCUUGGACAACAAGCGUAUAGUGAGAUCCGGAGAUUUGUAGUGAUGCUAAAAGGUCAUGGGAAUUCUAUUUGCUGUCCUAUACACACAUAUUCAAAUCAAGCGACUCUCAAGCCCAACCUUCCAGCUCCUCUACAACAUACAAUUAUACAUACCACACCGGAGGCUCCAAGGGAACACUGCUACGAAGCCAGUAACGGCCAAUGGGUAUACGAAAAUCUAAUCUUGGAUGCUAUACAGGUCAAUAGCGAACGAACAGACGCCCUGGGUGUGUUAAAUCCACUCAGUCGGUUGAAUUACAGUAAGGUAUAUACUGUAGAGCAUUAUGUCCGUGUAUUAAACAUUGGGAUGGUGGCCAGCAAUUCGAUUGCCACCCUUCUCGAACAAUCGGGUUGGUCUCAACAUGCCAAUUCGACACAGCGCCCUCGUUCAGGGCUUCCACCCAGGAAGACAUCUGGUCAAUCUUCCAGCCACCACAAGAGUCGCCAGUCUCGUAGGCAUAAGUAG